ACUAAAAUGAACUCCUCUGGAACCGACAGCGUAAAAGAUCAAAUCAAGGACAUUAUCGAGUCCCCAAAGCAGUUUGCCAAGGAGGGUAUCCAAUUCAUCAACCGUUGCAAGAAGCCUGAUCAGAAAGAAUUCUUAAAGAUCACUCAGGCUGUUGGUAUGGGAUUUGCCGCUCUUGGUGCGUUGGGUUAUAUUGUCAAGCUCAUCCACAUUCCCAUCAACAACAUCCUCGUCGGUGCCGCAUAAAACCAACUACUACGUUUUCCUCUUCCUUUUUUUUUUUUAUAAAAAAAAUGCCUUUAUUUAUCUCUUUCGCUCCUAUUCAUACCAUCCUUAAAACUCACUAAUUCGAAUAUAUAUAUAUAUCUGUUUGUUCUUUUUUUCCAAAUACAUCAACUAAUAAUAAAAAUAAUAAAAGAAAGAAAGAAAAACUCAAAGAUGUAG